AUGUAUUUUGCGAAGUCCGUACUACCUCUCGUCGUCUCAUGUCAGUUGGUGUUCGUGAUCGAUCCAGUGAAUAUGUACAUGGUCACCAACUACCACACAAGUGCCCGUCCUCCUCCGAGAAGCGCGAAAUUGGCGAACAAAAACGAUGAAACUGAAGGUGCAACAACGUCAAUUGAGGCAAAUGCGGCGCCGAUAGUGCUAUCAACAUUCGUAUGGGAGAAUCGAAAUGACCGUGGAGAAGGGCAAGGCGAUGAGAAUAGGAAGAUGAUUCAGGCCGCGGGCAUGUCUGAACGACUGGAUGAAGAUGAUGCAACUUUCCUUGAUAAUGGACGAGAUCAAAAUACAGGAGCGGAAAGUGCUGAGUAUGAUAUCCAGCGAAAGGUGCAUACGAAUGCUGUUGGGAUGGCACAGUUAGUACUCAACUCGUUCGGAAUCAUGUUAGUAGUGGGCUUCAAUCAAGGCUUGGACGUUUUCGUUCCGAACUCGCAUCAGACACCUGGCCGUGAACAUUUUGCGCUCAUCUACCUAGCGCGUGCGCACGUGAUCGACGUGUGCCUUCUCUUUCCGCUGCUUCUUCUGGUAUUCUUACUCGGGGGUCCGUGGCUGUUGUGGAACUUGCUGGAAGACCAACGCGUGGCAGCCCAGGCGACGCUGUAUUUGCGUGGGUGCGCUUUUGGCGUGCUCUUUCUCGCACUGCAUCAAACCGCACAUCGAUUCGCAGCUUUUAGGGGGAAGAUCAAAAUGCUCUUGCCGGUCCAGUGUAUGGCAGGGAUUGUGAAAUUGUAAUCGCAAUGAUUUUCUCUUGUGGUUACUAUAUGAUGAUUAGAAGAAGAACCAUCUCAAUUUGAAGAGGGAGCUUCUAGGGACAUCUUUUUCUUACGAGCUGCUAGAGGGAUGACAAGUAGCUAGGAUUUGCCGAUAACUCAUAUAAAUAUGGCCAUCUGAAAAGGUCUUUUCUUCUCCUACUUCUAGAAUAUAAUAGUUCGAUCUCCUGCUUCUGUUGUUAUUCCACGGAAGGACACGGUGCAUUUGAAGAUCCAACCUGAGUUAUACCGUGAAUCGAUAGGUCCACCGAUCGUCUUACUAUUGCCUCGUAUGGUGCAGUCGCUGUGAAGCUCUGACCGCAUGCACUGCCACCGAAACCUAACCUCCUGAUUCUGCUUUCAUUUUAGUGCUGGUGUCACUUACGCACAUUUCGUGGUGCCUGUUGUAUUGCGACGUUUUGAAGUGGGGAAUUUUCGGUCUUGGCUGCGCGAAUAGCACCACCUGGACAAUGCAAUUUCUCGCGUACACGUGGGUUCUUUACCGCAUGGAGUCCACUGCUGAAGAGCUGGUCGAUGCGCGAGACAACGUCUCGGUAGGAACCAACAGCCAUGCGCCCAGCCGGAGCGUGUCUAGGCUCCAGACCAGAGAAGACUUGGCCAGUAUGAUCGCUAGUCCGGGCCACGACCCCGAUUCAAGCCACGUAGAUAAAUGUUGGUGGACUUGUAGACAUGUAGACAACAGAAAAACGACAUUGAUACACCAAUAGAAGAGUUGAAAAAUGACAAUCUGAAUCUUGUAAUUCAAGGGCGACCUUCUCCAAGACGUACUACACCCACAAAUAAUCAGAGGCUGUUUGCGUUCACAGCUUCCAGUGCGCAGUCUUCUACAAAAAUCGAAUCUCAACAAAGCGAGCUUGUUGCAGCUCAUGGGGAAUCGGCGCCACGAGACACGAGGGAUGCUGUUAAUCAGCCGCAGACAAGCAAGAUAGAAGUGGCAAAUGCAGACAAAGAGAAAGAGCGAGCUUCAAGUGCAGCAAAACCUGCGCGCGCACCACGGGCAUUGCAAUACAAGUUGAUGCGUGCUUUCCGAAAGCACCAGCAGUUGCAAGCGGAGGCGGCUCUUAAAGCACAAAAUGAUAUACCUGACUCUGGCCCUAUCGGCGACGAACAACCCGGCGAUAAAGACGCCUCCAGCGAAUUCAGCCUGCGAGCAGAGCAACACGAACGUGCGUCAUCCUUGUCGUCUGCUGCGCGAGCCAUCAACGACGCUAGACGCAGCAUAGCACCACCACAGCGAUCAGAAGGAGAAGGUGUGCCACCUCCAAUGCAGCGUGGGGGGUCGACGUCACGAGUAUACAUCCGUGGGACGUUGCAAUACGACUUUCUAGAGGCAGAGCCGCCACGUGAGCGUUCUCCAUUUAAGCGGCAGCGGACGCUUCUUCUCGCGGAUGCUCUGCGGCUCGGCGGCUCGUUCGUGGAGGACGAGCAGCAGCGAAAAGCGCUAUCGUCCAGCGAAGCGGAAACACUGGAAGACAUUGUGGAUGGUGGAGAGGACCAGGAAAAAAUGGUAUCCUUCGGAGACUCUCUUGCGGAGUUGAGGAUCGGC